AUGGGAGGAGUUGUUCAAGAAUCAUACCCAUUCUCAUCGGGUCCUUCAUCACAUCAUCCUGUUGAUCUAUUUCACACGAUCUUGGAACUAGACUCAAUAGCUGAGUACGCUUGGACACAACUACAUGGGGUUUUUAAGUAUAACCGUCAUUCUAGUGCAGUUUCCCUCGAGAAAGAGUUUUCCAUCACCAUCAUGGCAGAUUUUUUCGGGGUCUUGGAUUAUUGUCAACAUCUUAAAUUAAUAGUCAAUCAGUUCCAGGGCUUCGGUAGCCCGGUCUUGAACUACCACCUCGUAAUGAAGUUGGUCGUAGGACUUCCGGAGGCGUACAAUGUAGUGGUGACGUUACUCUGGCAUAAUAAUGAUUUGCCUGAGUUCUACCAAGCGCAAUCCAUGUUGAUAUCGGAGGAAGACGCGUAUGGGACGAAUGGGUCACAUCAUAUGUCAUCAUGGGGAUCUCGAAAAAAGACAAAAAUAAGGACUCUCGUCAUGGUCGUCGAUUAG